AUAUGCUCAACAUGCGACAGAUGGAUGCGAGGGUUUCUGAGUUUCUGUUUGUUUUUGUUGAAAUUACAAAAUAGUACGUAAUUAAAGAAAUACAAUCAGCUGGGAAAAUUUUUCAUCGUUUUGUUAUAUUGAAUAAGUGAAAUAAGUUAUAUUGAAUAAGUAAAAUGAAGAUUGUGGUAGUGUAAUAUCUUAUAUCUAAACAAAAAUGUCGAAUCAAGUGGCUCUGUUUGUAGCGGGUCUAAAAUCCCGAAAUGUUGAUACUCAGAUCAAAACUGCUCGUGAACUCUAUCACUAUGCUAAAACUGAGCUUCGAGAAGUCCCCCAAGAAGAGCUCACUCAGUUUCUCGAUGAGUUCAAUCACCAAAUUUUUGAGAUGGUAUCAAGUAAUGAUGUCCAUGAAAAGAAAGGCGGCGUGCUUGCCAUAGUAUGUUUGAUUGGAGGUGAUUGUGACACUACCAAAACCAGGAUAACCAGGUUUGCCAACUAUUUGAGGAAUCUGCUUCCUUCUUCUGAUGUGGGUGUCAUGGAGUUGGCAGCCAAAACUGUUGGCCGCCUAGCCAUUGUAUCUGGUGUCAAGAGGGCAGAAUAUGUUGAUUUUGAAGUGAAAAGAGCCUUUGAGUGGCUCUCAGAGGAAAGAAAUGAAGGUCGACGCCAUUCUGCAGUCCUCUUACUGAAAGAACUUGCCAUAGCUGUCCCCACUUACUUUUACCAGCAAGUUUCUGGAUUUUUCGAUCAUAUACUUGUUGCUUUAAAGGAUCCAAAGCCUCAAAUAAGGGAGGCUGCGGCAAAAGCCCUCCGCGCUGGUCUUGUUGUGACAGCUCAGAGAGAAACUGCUAAGCAGUCCACUGCCAAGCCCCAGUGGUAUAUGCAAUGCUACGAAGAUGCUAUGGCUUCUUUUGAAGAAGUUCCUUUAAAAGAAAAGGGCACCAGCAAGGAAGAUAGGGUUCAUGGAGGACUUUUAAUCUUAAAUGAACUUCUUAGAUGCUCCAAUGCUGAAUGGGAGAAGAAAUACACAUACCUGAUGCAAAGUUUGGACACACAGAAAGAUAUAACAGUUACUGAUGAUAUUAUAUUCAUUAGUAGUAAACUUCACAGUCCGUCAGUGAAGAGAGGCUACCUGUGUGACGGUUUCAAGACUGAAAAUGUACAAUACCCAGUUCCUAUUUACGAGUCAGAGGUGUGUCAGAAGUUGCUGAAGGAAAAGUUUGAAAGAAUUUGUCAAGAUGUUAUGGCCCAACGCAGUGUCAAAACUCAGGGUGUUCCACAAGUUCUUCUGAUUCUGAUUCCUAGACUAGCUGCAUUCAACAGAGAAUUCUUCUGCAGGAAGUACCUUAGCUCCACAAUGCAUUACUUGCUCUCUUCCCUGCGCUCUCGGGAAAAAGACAAAAACAUGGCAUUUACAACUAUGGGACUCAUGGCGGCUGCCAUAGAAUAUGAUAUUCAAACCUAUGUUCCCAAAAUUAUGGAAGUUGUAAAACAGGCGCUGCCAGUUAGGGACACCAUUAGUAAGAAGAGAGUUUGGGUAGACCCCUCCAUUUUUGCUUGUAUUACUUUGCUUGGGAGUGCAGUGAAAGAUUUGGUGAUUUCUGAUAUUAAGGAAUUACUAGAUGCGAUGUUCGCCACAGGCCUCAGUCCAUAUUUGACUAUAUGCUUGAAGGAAUUGAGCUAUAAUUUACCUUCACUUAAAGGUGAGAUAUCAGAGGGUUUGCUCAACAUGCUUUCUUUAGUAUUGAGGAACAAGCCAUUCCUACACCCUGGAAUACCAAGGAGCAUUGAGCAGCAAAUGAGUAGUAUGAGCUUGGUGAACGAACCUCAGGACACUGCCAGCAUUGUGUUGGCUUUGAGAACACUUGGUACCUUUGAGUUCGAAGGAGAUCACAGUUUGCUCGCGUUCGUGAGACGUUGCGCCGACCAUUUUCUGCAAAGUGACCACCAAGAAGUAAGACUGGAGGCAGUCAAGACCUCUGCAAAACUCCUGGCCGAUGCUGCAGUUAAAGUAAGGAACGCAAACACGCCAUCCCGAACUCUCACAAUGCUGACGGCAGAAGUGAUUGGGAAGCUACUAAUUGUUUCAGUGACUGAUCCAGAAUACGAAGUGCGCUACUGGGUACUGGAAUCGCUUAUCGAUAUUUUCGACACUCAUUUGGCACAAGUCGAAAAUCUCAGCUUCCUCUUUAUUGCUAUGAAUGAUGAACAUCUGGAAAUAAGAGAACUUGCUAUUUGCACUGUAGGACGAUUGAGCACUGUAAAUCCAGCUUAUGUGAUGCCUGGACUGAGGAAAACAUUGAUACAAUUUCUAACCGAGUUGGAACAUUCUGGAAUGAGCAGAAAUAAAGAGCAGGCAGCUAGAAUGUUAGAUAACCUCAUUUUAAAUGCCCCAAAGUUAGUCAAACCAUACAUUGAAACCAUAUUGAAUGUGCUAGUACCAAAAUUGAAAGAAUCUGAUUCUAAUCCCGGCGUUGUCAUUAGUGUUUUGAAAGCUGUAGGCGACAUGGCAGAUGUCCACUGCGACAAUAGUGGACUAAAGAGGUGUUUACCCGAACUGCUCACUAUUCUAUUAGAGUUGUUAUCUGACGCUAGUGCGACUGACAAACGCAGCGUGGCGCUGUGGGCCUUCGGUCAACUAAUAAGCGCGACAGGUCACGUGGUCACACCUUACACUGAAUAUCCUAAUUUAAUGGAUGUGCUGCUGAAUUUCCUCAAAACUGAACAGCAACCUAAAGAUAGACGUGAAACAAUUCGGGUACUAGGUUUGCUGGGAGCUCUCGAUCCUUAUAAGCAUAAAAUGACAAGAGGUUUGAUUGAUGGACAGCCAGACUCGAGCUUAGUGCCUGUGGCUGAUAGUAAGGCAGAGGAAAACAACUUCGAUAUGACUACAAGUGAAAUGCUGGUCAACAUGUCAUCUCCUGUCCUGGAUGAAUACUACCCUGCUAUAGUGAUAUCUACUCUGAUGAGGAUCUUGCGGGAUCCAACAUUACAACAACACCACACGAGUGUCGUCCAGGCUGUUACCGUUAUAUUCCAAUCUUUAGGCAUUAAAUGUGUUCCUUACAUAUCCAGAGUAACGCCGAGUCUCUUAUAUGUAGCUCGAGCGUCAGACAGCAAUAGUUUCCGCGAGUUCCUCUUCACACAGUUGGCGAAGCUAAUUGCGAUUGUCAAACAGCACAUUCGCAACUAUUUGGAUAAAAUAUUCGAUCUGAUAAAAGAGUUCUGGACACCAAGCAGUCCUCUUCAACAUAUACUGAUUUUGCUGGUGGAACACAUUGCCGUGGCACUUGGAUCAGAAUUCAAAGUGUACUUGCCGCAGUUGAUGCCGCAAAUCCUCCGCGUUCUAGCCCACGACACGAGUAAAGACAGAUUUGUGACUGAAAGACUGCUUAUAGCACUACAGAAGUUUGAAGAUAAUUUAGAUGAUUACAUACAUUUAGUUAUACCAUCCAUUGUAAAAUUGUUCGACGCGACUGAUUGCCCAAUAAAUGUCGCGAAAAUUGCUAUGGAGACAGUGGACUAUCUGUCAGAUUCUUUGAACUAUAACGAGUUAGUUUCGAGGAUAAUUCAUCCUCUAGUCAGAAGUUUAGAUAGUUGUCCGGCUUUGAGACCUACAGCCAUGGACACAUUAUGUGCAUUAAUUGUUCCACUUGGAAGGAAAUAUAAUGACUUCAUACCGCUCGUCCAGAAAAUAAUUGUGAAGCAUAAAAUACAGCACCAGAACUAUGAACAGAUAUUGGCCAAGUUGCAGUCGAAUCAGAACUUCGCUUUGGAUGAAUUUUUACAAAAUAGUCGACGUAAACCAAGAAAUAACAACCAAGAGGGUCGUUAUAUAGCGUCAGAUUCGAAUCAGUCUAUCCGCAAGCUGUACGUGAACGCCCACAAUCUGAAGAUGGCGUGGACGGUUAGCAGCCGCGUGUCUAAAGACGACUGGCUCGAGUGGUUGCGGCGCUUCAGCAUUGGACUGCUCACCGAGUCUCACAGCCCUGCGCUUAGGGCAUGCCUAGCUCUGGCACACAACUACUCCCAACUUCUACGCGAUUUGUUCAAUGCUGCUUUUGUGUCAUGUUGGACUGAGCUUGAAAACUCCUCUCGCACAGAACUAUCCAACGCUUUAGAGCAGGCACUGACUGCCCCUGACGCCCCAGAAUUGGCCCACACAGUGCUAAAUUUGGCAGAGUUUAUGGAGCACUGUGAAGGCGGGACUCUGCCAAUUUCUACACAUCUGCUUGGAGAAAGAGCCAUGCAUUGCAGGGCAUAUGCUAAAGCACUGCAUUAUAAGGAAGAAGAGUUCCGCAAUGGAGCGACCUCACAGGUCGUGGAGGCGCUGAUUCACAUCAACAACAAGCUGCAACAGAAGGAGGCCGCCGAAGGUUUGCUCGAGCGCGUGAUGGCGCAGCGCGCGGCCGGCGACACUCAUCUCGAGGUUCAGGUCCGCUGGUACGAGAAACUGCACAACUGGGAGAAAGCAUUGAACCUCUACGGAGAAAAACUAUCCCUAGACGCUGAUAACAUGGAGGCUUACCUCGGAGAACUACGCUGCUUCGAAGCUCUAGGAGAGUGGGUCAAAUUGUACAAUACGGUUUCAAAACGCUGGCCCAAAAUGUCUAACGAUGAGAAGUUCAAAGCCGCAAGACUGGCCGCCGCCGCAGCCUGGGGUCUUAAAGAAUGGGAUUCCAUGGCCAAAUAUGUCAACUUCCUGCCAGAUAAUACUCAGGACGGUGCGUUCUAUAGAGCUGUUCUUAGUAUCCAUAAUGGUGAAUAUAACAUGUCACAAAUUUACAUUGACCAAGCUCGUACGUUGUUGGAUUCGGAAUUGACAGCUGUGGCCGGUGAGAGUUAUCAAAGAGCCUACGGGGCUUUGGUUAAUGCACAGUUACUCGCGGAGUUGGAAGAAGUGAUCAUAUAUAAGAAGGUCAGUGAGAGGCGGGAGUCGAUCCGUCAGGCGUGGUGGACCAGGCUUCAAGGGGGGCAAAGACUUGUGGAAGAUUGGCGGAAAAUCCUGCAAGUCCGUGGUCUAGUGUUGACGCCACAGGAAGACAUGGCCACAUGGUUGAAAUUUGCCUCUUUAUGUAGAAAGAGCGGUGCUCCUCGUCAAGCGCACAGAACUCUAGUCAUGCUGCUGGGUAUCGACCCUAGUAAAAACCGCGACAUGCCGUUACCGACCCACGAGCCAAGGCUAACUCUGGCUUAUGCUAAACACCUGUGGGUGGCCGGAGAUAAGCAACUAGCGUAUGACCAGCUGCAGCGCUACGUCGACUCAGCGGGCACUGGAGACCAGGAACAUAGCCGGUUGCUCGCUCGAUGCCAUCUCAAACUGGGAUCUUGGUGCGAAUCCUUGCUUGGUAUAAAUAAGCAGUCGAUUCCAGAGAUCUUGAACAAUUACGCUGAGGCCACAAUGCUGGCGCCCGAUUGGUACAAAGCAUGGCACGCGUGGGCUUAUAUGAACUUCGAGACGGUACUGUUCUAUAAACACCAGGAGAAUUCCGAAGGCGCCGCUACAGCUGAAAGGAAACCGACUCCGGAAUGCAUCCAACAACAUACUGUGCCGGCUGUUGAAGGAUUUUUCAAGUCUAUAAAUCUAUCUCAUGGAAGCUCCCUGCAGGAUACGCUGCGUCUGCUGACUUUGUGGUUCGACUACGGCCACUAUUCUGCUGUUCACGAAGCGUUAGUCGAAGGGAUCCGUACUAUUGAGAUAAACGUGUGGCUGCAAGUUAUCCCCCAACUAAUCGCUAGAAUCGACACUCCUAGAGCACUGGUGGGGAAACUAAUUCACUCUUUAUUAAUCGAUAUUGGCAAAUCUCAUCCGCAAGCGUUGGUAUAUCCUUUGACCGUGGCAUCGAAAUCUUCAUUUGUGGCACGGAAGAACGCAGCUAAUCAGAUAUUGAAAUCAAUGUGUACUCAUUCAAGUAAUUUGGUCAACCAGGCAGCUAUGAUUUCUGAAGAGCUCAUUAGAGUAGCCAUAUUAUGGCAUGAGCAAUGGCACGAAGCGUUGGAAGAAGCGUCAAGACUGUAUUUCAGUGAACACGAUGUGAAUGCGAUGUUUAAGACGUUGGAGCCAUUGCAUGCGAUGUUGGAGAAAGGGCCACAGACCACGAAGGAAGUUUCCUUCAGCAGCCAGUACGGGAGGGACCUCAAUGAUGCCUUGGAAUGGUGCAACCGGUUUAAGGAGUCAGGGCUGGUCCGGGACCUGAACCAGGCGUGGGACCUAUACUACCACGUGUUCCGGCGCAUCAGCCGCCAGCUGCCGCAGCUGACGUCGCUGGAGCUGCAGUACGUGAGCCCGCGGCUGCUGAACUGCCGCGACCUGCAGCUGUGCGUGCCGGGCUCCUACGUGCCGGACCUGGACCUCAUCCGGAUCGCGCACAUACAGAGCAGUCUGCAGGUGAUAACAUCGAAACAGCGACCGCGACGCCUGUGCAUCCGGGGCUCCAACGGCAAAGACUACAUGUUCCUGCUCAAAGGCCACGAAGAUUUACGACAGGACGAGCGGGUCAUGCAACUCUUUGGUCUCGUCAACACACUACUCCAAGCAGACCCGGACACUUUCCGACGCGAUCUAGCCAUACAACGAUAUGCGGUUAUACCUCUGUCGACUAAUUCUGGAUUGAUCGGAUGGGUCCCACAUUGCGACACGCUGCAUUCCCUAAUAAGAGAUUACAGGGAGAAGAGGAAGUGUCUAUUGAAUAUUGAGCACAGAAUCAUGCAGCGAAUGGCCUCGGAUUUAGAAAAGUUGAUGCUAAUGCAAAAGGUGGAAGUAUUUGAGCAUGCGCUGGAACACACGGCAGGGGACGACCUGGCCAAACUCCUCUGGCUGAAGAGUCCCUCGUCGGAGGUCUGGUUCGAGCGGCGCACGAACUACACCCGGUCGCUGGCGGUCAUGAGUAUGGUCGGCUACAUCCUGGGUCUCGGCGACCGCCACCCGUCCAACAUAAUGCUGGACAGAGUGACCGGCAAGUUCCUGCACAUCGACUUCGGCGACUGCUUCGAGGUGGCCGUGACGAGGGACAAGUUCCCUGAGAAGAUCCCCUUCAGGCUCACGAGGAUGCUGAUCAACGCCAUGGAGGUGACAGGCAUCGAAGGCACGUACAGACGGACAUGCGAAUCCGUCAUGGAAGUGCUCCACCGACACAAAGACAGCGUGAUGGCUGUGCUAGAAGCUUUCGUGUACGACCCGCUACUCAACUGGCGACUUAUAGACGCGAGUCGAAGGUCUCGCAACGACGACACAACGGCCGACCCCCCCUCCCCCCAACCCACAAGGAAAAUCCCCGCUACAGACCUCGACCAACCAGCUGAAGCUAACUUAAACAAACGUGCCUUAUCCAUAGUCAAUAGAGUGAGGGACAAACUGACUGGACGAGACUUCCCGCAUAUAGACGAGCUAGUCACGGUGCAGAAGCAAGUGGAUCUGUUGAUCCAACAAGCCACGAGUAAUGAGAAUCUGUGUCAGUGCUAUGUGGGCUGGUGUCCGUUUUGGUAAAAAUUUGUCAUCAGUUACGCUUAUCUCGAAAUAUUUGAAAUCAGUGUUGAACAGUUUGGCUUUGUCUUUGGCGCUGUCUCAUAUCUAAAAACUGUUCAACAAGUGUGUACGCGAAUAUUUGCCACUAGAUGGCGGUAAGUAGUCGUAAUAAGUGAUGUCUUGAUGCCUUAAAGGCGACUUGAAUUAAAUCAGACAGUGGUUGUAAUAACACACUCGAAAAGAAAUAUGAUGUCUAGAUACUAGAAUUGAGGACAUCAUUACAUAAAAUGGGUUUUUAUAUUCAGUCGUUAAAUGAAACAUAGUCAUUAGGAUAACAUUUGCAAAUAAUAUGGAUUGGUUGUAAGAAAUAUGGAAAUUGUAUAAUUUUAAGUAUGGGUUUUACUUAUAUUUGUGCUUUUUUUGGGAAUUGCUUUCAAAGGUAGGAAUAUUGUAUAAAAUAAGGUUAAACCUGGUACUGAUGCACAUUGCACUGUCUGACAAUUUAUAAUCAAUUAUAUUAUUAAGUAGCGGAUCACAUGUAUCAAAAAUAUAUACAAAGAAAGAUUGUAAACAAGGAAAGAUGAUUUCUUUGUAUUUUUCACAUAAUAAUGAAUUCCAGUAUCUGUUCAUUUUGUUUUGUUUGAAUUACGUCAAAACUAAUAUUUAUUUGUCUUGAAUCAACAAAUAUAAAUAAUGCUUUUAAGUUUUUAGGAAAGUGUGUUGUAUAAACGUAAUUAUAUACGUUCCAAUCAACGUCCCCUUUUGUUGUAAAAUAUAUAAUGAACUGCCAUUAAUAGUCUGAUUCUUAUUAUAACAGUUGAAGUGGUUAUCUCACGCUCAGUACAACUGUUAAUCAACUACGCAUCGUGUAGUAUAUAUAGUAACUUAGUUCAUGAUGGCACUGACUUUUUCGAUUUUAAUGUUGGGACAACCCUAACAGUAACGACUAUCUGAGAUCGGAUCCAUAGGGCUCUGUGUAUGAGAUCGAUUUCGCCAGAUUAUAGAUAUAUAUUUAAUGAGUGUUCCACGCCGUCCGUCAAAGCUUCAGAUGACGGACCCAAAAAGCCGGAUGUCCAGUAGAGAAACGCUGUAAAACCAUAGUCCGCUUUUGCCAUAUAAGUGAGCGUAAAAUUAGUACUAUGCACCAAUAUGUCUCAAAUGUGUUGUUUUGUUUACUAAUAAAUUUUAUAUUACGUAGUUAGAUGGUACGGUUCCUUCAAUGUUUGUCGCAGACGAAAACUGACUGAUUUCGAAAAAUUAUAUAACCUGUAACUGAAGUAAAUAUAAUGUGUUGUGAAUUAUACUAUUUUACACGCAAUUAAUAUACAUAAAUAGAAUAAUUUACCUCGUCUGCGACUUGUAUGAAUGCAUUUAAAUUAGUGGAUAGUCAUAGACUAGUACUCCUCAAAGCUUUGUAAUCAAAUUUUUGUUAAUAAAAUAGUUAUUUAUAUCUUC